AUGGGGUGUACGCCUUCCCACAGUGACGUUGUUAGCAGCGUGGCUAAGAGUGGCAUCCAGUUUUUUAAAAAGCCCAAAACAAUUCUGCCAGCAGGUCAGGGGGGCAGUGAAAGAUGCUCCGUCCCUUUGCUGGUUCAAAGCUCCACCUGCUGUGACUCUGGGGGUGACUUGUCCCAGGGACAGAUGCCAGCAGAGGGGCAGCCAGGUCCCAGAUGGACCCAAAAUAUGGUCGAAGGUUGUCAGCUCACAAGAGAUUCCACUGUAGGCAAAAGGAAAGAUCUGGAAAAACUGAUCACAGAAACCCAAACCACUGCAUCCCAGCUGAACAAGUCACAAAGCCACAGGGCUAAGGACGUUCCAUUCAAGACCCACAGGUCACAAGGAGCAGCCUUUUCUGGGGAAGAGAGUGAUACCCAGGAAAACUUCAAGUGGGAAAGGGAGCUGAAAUGCCACAGGUCCGGCAAUCAGGGCCAUCGCAGCCAAACCACCCUUCCUGCUCAUGGGCCAGAGGGCAAAGUGGACUUUCCUGAGCCGCUGGUGAAAGCCCACCAGCAUGCUUACACCUAUCUGCACUCCUGCCUCUCCAAGUACGAAGCAAUUCUGAGCCUCACCCAUCAGGCCACCCAGACCCAGGAGCUGCUGCAGCCCAUGGUCAGCUGCCUGCUGCUGUGCUUUGACAAGGUCAACCAGCUCUUGGGGGAGCUCUCCAGGGAUGGAGAAGUGCUCCUCCAGGAAGUUAGGGGGGAUCUGGCAUGGCCGUUGAGGAAAGGAGAGCCCCAGGAGCAGCCAGAUCUCCUGCAGCAGCUUCUGCAAUACACAGUCUGCAGGCUGCAGGUGCUCAGUGGCACCGUGGCGUCACUCACCGGCGGCUUCCUGGAGGGCUCCAGCAGCUACCUGCAGGCCACCGCAGGCCACUUGGGAGAUAAGCUGAGCGUGAAGAGGGAUGUGGAUGAACGCCUCCUAAGGGCUCUGGGGCAGCUGGAGAGCUUGGCGAGUGGCCACAGCGACCCCGGGGUGCAGGGUCUCCCCUUGUGCUCCGAGGACAGUGGCAUUGGUGCCGACGCGGAGUCUGUGCACCUGGUGGACAGGCUGGGCCAGCAAAGCAGCUGGGACUCAGUGUCGGAGCCUGUAGAAUGGAAGCCAGGGAUGUCACCCACAGUGGAGGCCAGGCUGUCGGGACACGCCCGGCAGCAAAGUUCGUCCUGGAGGGCUUCAGACAGAGCCCAGGACUGCCCACUCUCAAGGCCUCCUACGACAAAGGUUCAGCCAGCGGCACAGCAUGAAGCAGGGAGCCCAGGUGCCUCCAGCACAGGCCCAGAAAAUACUACCUCCAGGCCUCUGGGGCUGGGCAAGGGCACUCUGUGUGGCUCCUUUGGGACCAGGAUCUCCGUGGAAGUGCAUCUUUCUAAAGGCUCCAGGUUGAUGGAUACUCCAUCCCUCAGUGAAGCAGAGAACAGCAGCACAGAGGAAGACGGUUUCCAUCCAAGGCCGAGGUCUUCACCUGCUGGCCCAGAAAGCCCAUUCCAGCCACACCCCAGGAGGCUGAGGGACCCCCAGGCCCAGGAAAUGAUUCUGAAGAUGAAGGAAGCAAUCAGUGAAAGGAUCAAGUUUGUCCCUGUGCCCUCCAGGCUCCAGGACUGGGCUGAGGAGGAGGAGAGGAGAGCGGUCCCACCAAGACCGAGCACAGUCGGUGGAGGCCGGAGGACCCCUGAGAGGCAGAGGAGGUCCCAGUCAGAGGCAUGUCUUAGGAGCCACGUGGAGGAGCCCACCCUCCAGGAGCUGCAGAGGGUCCAGCGAGACCUCAGCCAGCGGCUGGAGGAGUUCUACGCCCUGGGCACACGUCGGCCCGGGCGGAGCAGGGAGCAGGAUCUGCAGCGCAGAGCAGCCGCCCUGAGGCCUGGCCGCCGCGGCAGGGUCGGCCCGAGCAGCACCAUCCACAAGCUCAAGGCAUCGCUCACCGAGAACUUCAGCAUCUUGCCGAGUCAGGACAAGAGCAUUUUGCAGAAAUGCAGUCCCCAUCCUGAGAGUGAAUGGCCCCGGCAGGGGGAAACUGAGGGGCUUCCAAAUGCUAUCCCAUCAGGGGAGAAGGCCAGGCAGGCUCCUGGGGCUGCGGACUGGGGCGUCAGGGCUCACCCCACCAGGACGUCAGUCAGGAAACUCAUUGAAACGUUCAGUCCCACUGAGAGUCUGAACACACUGCGGGAGCCUAAGGAGUCUGGGUCAAGCCCUUGUCCCAGGAAGUGGGGGGUCCCCAUCAUGUCCCCCAGAUUUCCCAUUUACAGAGGGCUUGCCCCUUUGUAUCCGAAGCCCCGAAUUUCUCCAGCAGCGGACAGAGGACUUCUCACAGCAGGCCCAGGCUGGAGGCCCUUAGCUCCUAUCUUUCCCGCUCUGCCGACAGCAGAGGCAUCCAAGAAUGAGGCCCUCUGCUGUGAAAUGCAGGAAGACCCAGAGCACCUCCCUCCACCACCUCUGGAAAUCCUGAUGGACAAAUCAUUUACUUCUCUGGAGCCCCCUGAAAGCAGCGACCUGGUAGGGAGCUCCCCCGAAGGGACCAAUGUGCCAAGGCUGGGAGGGACUGGCCCUGCCCGGAGAACAUGGGCUUCCCCAAAGCUCAGAGCCUGCACGAGCCCCACCCACCUGCUGCCCAGCAGGAGCCCUGCCUCCUCCACCAGGCCCCACAGCACGGGGCCAGGAGGCAGCAAGAGCAGCUGCAAUCCUGGAAAGCUUCCCUUGGACCUCAACCACCUGCCAGCAACCAGCCGAAACGCAGAGGGGGAGGGUGGCAGGGCUCAGAGUCAGCCACAAGCAGACAGGGCCACAAGCGUCUCCAAGCAGCCCCAGAAGGCAAUCCCCUGGCACCACGCCAGCCACACGUCUAGGCAGAAUGGGACCCCGGAACCCAGCCUGCCCAGGCCAAUUCGGGGGUCACAUUCUCCCGAGGCCCCAAGGCAGAGCCAGGUGAGAAGCCCCCCGCUGGUCAGGACGACCUCCCCCACAAGGGCACACUGGACACCCAGAGCAGACAAGAGACACUCAAGCCUGCCCUCCUCUCACAGACCUGCCCAGCCAAGCAGUCCCUCUUUGCACGGGUCCUCCAGCCCAACACUUAGCCCUCUGAUGAGCCCCAGGGCACUAAGCCCCCCAACAGUGAAGAAAGGAGCCUCCCCGCCACCCCAGCACGAUCGGCCCAGCCCUGUCCCAGAGAGCCCAGACGCUCAGCACAAGACCUCCAGCCCCCCUACCCAGUGCACAGAAGCAAGUUCACCUGCCUCUGGCCCCUCCCCAUCUCCCCCAGUAUCGCCACCUCAGGGGCACGAGGAAACAAGAGAUUCUGAAGACAGUCAGGCAGCCACCACCAAAGCAUCUGGGAACACAGGUUCCAUAUUCUGCCCAGCCACCUCCUCCCUGUUUGCAGCUAAAUCGCCAUGCUCAACAACCCACCCACUCACCCCAUCGCUGGCACCUGAAGCGGGGGGCCCUCGUGGGACCCCUACAAGGUGCUGGAGGAGCAGCUCAGGAGCACGACCGAGGGUGGGCUCCCAGCGGGGACUGGCCCUCUGUGCCCUCAACCCUCAGCCCUUCGUCAGAAGGGCAGCUUCUAACCGCCAGCCGGGACUCCGCCUCCGACUGCCUGUCCCAGGUGCCUCCAGCUACGCUUGUGAACCCCAGCUUGGCCCGAGCAGCAGCAGGGAGGAGAGCCCCAAGAAGGACACAGAGCCAUGGAGCAGCCCCUGUGCCCCAGAACUGAAGGGCUGCAGCAGGGGUGUACCUGCCCCAGAGCUCUGUGUGCUGGGCCACAGGCUGCAAUGGGAGGACAGCCCUGGCCGCACCCAGGACAAGCCCCAGCAGAAAGAAGUAGCCUGACAGACUGGCCAACACAGCCAUACUGAUGCCAGUCACCCCAGAAGGCAAAGGGUGACAACCAAGCAUCAGGCUGCCCCAUGGAUGGUGGGCCAACCAAACUCCUCCUGAGAUGUCCAGGAAGGACCUGGAAGAUGCACUGCCCAGCAGGUCUGCUUAAUUCUAAACAAUCCUGUUUAGAGUCCCAGCUCCUGGUUUGCCUUGGGGUUCAAAGGUUAACUAUAACUUUGGACCCCACAAUGACACUCUUUAAUCCUUCAAGUAUGAACCUUA